UUUUAUCAGUUGAAGAUGGGCGUUCCGCCUUAUGGCAUUUUGUCCCUGAGCGGGAGUAGGGAUGGGGGCUUGUUUACUCCCUACUCCCAAUCGUACAAAAAUUUCAAGCAGGAGUUUUUCCGGGUCGCCCUUGUGGGUGUUGACCCUUUGGAAGACGAGGUGUUCUACUUCGGCGGUUUGCCGAGGUUUCCAUUCUAUUGGUGUCCCAAGCCGUCUAGGUUUCACGGUUUGGGGGAUCUGAAGGUGACGGCCGCGGAGACGGCCGCCAUCAAGAAUCUUGCCGCGCUCCCUCGUCCGUUGGAUUGCAAGCUCGUCUUGUCGCUUGCGAAUUCGCCUUUCAGGGAGAGGGGCCUAGAGAGCAUUAUGGGCAGAAACUUGUGGCGUCAGCUUAAACACCGCUACAAUGUUUCCGAGCUCGAGGUUCCCGAGCCUCCGGAGGAGGAUGCUGUCUCCCUAAAGACCCACCGGAAGAGGAAGAGGGGGAAGGAGGAGGUCGGGGGGACCUCCGCUUCUCACGAUGUCGAGGAGGCGACCUCCCGGGUUGUGGACGCUGUGGAUCUCACCGACAGCCCUCCGGCCAAGGAGGCCUCGCCAGUGGCUACGGCGGAGGUGGUGCAGGGUGUCGGGCUUACUGCACCGGACGCCGAGGGCGGGGUUGGCGUUGCUGAGGUGGAGGUCUGCGUUUCCGAGCAGACCGUCCGAGUUGCCAAGGUGGUAAGUAUUGUCUUCUCGGACUUUUCACUCUGGCUUUUUGCUAUGUUGCCUGGCUGUUUGAUCUGGGUGAUUUUUUGUAGGCAGGAAGUGCCUCUGGGCCUGAGCUGCAGGCGGGGAAAGCCGCUGAGCCUGAGGUGCAGGCGGGAAAUGCCGCUGAUCCUGAGGUGCAGGCUUCCGGGCUGGCCGCCCAGGCUGCUGGGGUGAGUCUGGUUUUUUGUUUUGUUUUGUUUUGUUUUUGUGGCUUUCUCGCAUGUCUCCUUAUCUAUUUGUGAUGCGGGACUGGUGUUUGCAGGCGGGCUCAUCGCAGGGGCCUUCCCGGACCCAAUAUCU